AUGCAACAUAACGCUCCUGCUCCGGCGUGGAGAACUCCAUCACCUAUCUAUUCCUCCUGCGUCAAGCUGAUACUGCUUCUGGUUGCACAAAUCCCUCUCCUCCGCGCUUCGCCCCUUCAUUUCUCCGCCUUCAAUGUUCACAGUACAGAAGAGCAACCUCUGCCAGCGGAAAGUGCAGCGUUAUGGAUAUACCUGGCAGUAGCUAUAGCUUUGGUGCUACUGGGCGGAGUCUUUGCGGGCCUGACCAUUGCUUUGAUGGGACAAGUAUGUGGAACGCUCAAAUAUGUGAGCGCUCGCUGGCUAAUCGGGCAACAGGAUGAAAUAUACUUGCAGGUCAUCAGAACUUCAGGGAAUGCCUCCGAGAAGAAGAAUGCUGCCGGCGUUCUCAAGCUCUUGAAGAGGGGGAAACACUGGGUGCUCGUCACAUUACUACUCGGAAACGUCAUCACGAAUGAGACCUUGCCCAUUGUGCUGGACCGCUCACUAGGAGGCGGAUGGCCCGCCGUUUUGGGCAGUACAGUCCUGAUUGUCAUAUUCGGAGAAGUCAUUCCUCAGUCAGUUUGUGUACGUUACGGCCUACCUAUAGGAGCUUGGAUGUCGCCAUUGGUGCUCGUUCUUAUGUACAUUUUGGCCCCCGUCGCGUGGCCAACUGCGAAGCUCUUGGACAGGCUUCUUGGAGAAGACCACGGGACUACCUAUCGAAAGGCUGGGCUCAAAACUCUAGUCACACUACAUAAGAGCUUGGGAGAUUCGGGUGAACAAUUGGUUGAAGAUGAAGUGACUAUCAUAAGUGCAGUCCUAGACCUGAAAGCGAAACCUGUCGGAAAUAUCAUGACCCCAAUGGAUGAUGUCUUCACCAUGUCAUCAGAUACUGUACUGGACGAAAAGACCAUGGAACUCAUACUAAGCGCUGGAUAUUCUCGAAUUCCUAUUCAUGCUCCUAACGAUGAGGAGAACUUCGUUGGAAUGCUCUUGGUAAAGAUGUUCAUUACAUAUGACCCAGAAGACUGUAAACGAGUAAGCGACUUCGCACUGGCAACCCUGCCGGAAACGAGGGCGGAAACCAGCUGUCUCGAUAUCGUAAAUUUCUUCCAAGAGGGCAAGUCUCACAUGGUGCUGGUGUCCGAAUUUCCCGGGGACGAUCACGGUGCUUUGGGGGUCGUGACACUUGAGGAUGUCAUUGAGGAGUUGAUUGGCGAAGAAAUCAUCGAUGAGUCUGAUGUCUUCAUUGAUGUUCACAAAGCAAUUAGGCGGCUUGCACCUGCGCCAAAAUCACGCGUACCAAAGGGCGAGUUCAUCGAUCAAACCACAGAUAGCAUUGCGGACGGGAAAGAGGACACGACAGGGACUGACAAUGAGUCGAAAGAUCCACGCUCGACAAUGCGAAGGAUCACGACGACCGACGGUCCCGUUAGCAAGCCGAAUAGUGCACAUCCAGACUCAGCAGUCUCGCAGGCGAAGAUGAAUUUACGUAGGUCAUCGAGUAUGAUGAACACCUCCGACCGAGAGUCCACUCAGAAAAAGCCCAACAAACCAGAUCUACGAGAGCAUCUGAAGCAUCUUGGCCCCUCCAACCCUGCAAGCCGGCCACGAACCACAAGGUAUAAUACGGUCAAAGUCAAACCAGGUACAGGUCUAGGUAGUGAUAGCCACCGCAAGUCUAUUGACAACACUGAAACUCGCAAAAGCUCGUUUGCUGCUCAAAGCGGUAUUGGCGCAGGCCUAGUAAGCAGCGCGGGCAAAGACGCCAGUGAUGGCGUCUUGACUGUCCAAGCUGGCUACGGCAGCAUACCGUCCUCAUCGCCACUGAGCCCUCCAGUUUCGAGAAAUGGCAGAUUAUCUACUCACAACGAAGAAGAGCUAAGCAAGUCACGAAAUCGCUCUAAGCAUCAUUCGAGGACCCAGUCACAAUCAACGCUCGGAUCCAUGCACUCUGUGGGCAAGUCUGUGAAGUCGAAUAAAGGUAUUGCUCGCUCUGGAAGCAUCACAGAGAACAUUGUAGACACAGGUGGCAUCAAGAAGACAGUACUAGAGCUCACAAGUAGCAGCGACGACCCGGAAGGAAACGGAGGCGCAUCUGUGGCAAAUGGCGCACAGCCUGAUCAAAAGGAAAAUCAAAGGCAAGAUGGCAAGGGAAGCAAAAAGAAGAGGCGACGUAGGAAGCGAAAGGACGGGGGAGAGAGCGAGCCGUUGUUGGGGGACGAGGAUUGA